AUGGCACGUCCAAAAAUGAGCAGUGGAGGUAUCCGGCGCACCCAUCAGACCGUGAACCGACUUCCUUCAGAGUCCUACAGGGUCAUAAACUUCAGCGCGAGCGUGAAACAGAUACGAGCUGAAAAAUCACGCAAAACAAGACGAGUGCAACAAACUCCGGAGUCUGAUCGAAGAGGCCGAAGGGUUCAGAGCAGACGUCUCUGCAAAGUUCUGCAGCAGAAGAGAGAGAGAGAGAAAAAAACAGAGAAGAAGAGAUCGUGGUCAGACAAACACGGACGCUUCUGUCUGCCAUGUUUGGAGGCUGGGAAGUUUGGACCGUCGAAGGCGAAGUCCAGGAAGUUUCUGUGGAGCGAGGACGUAGAAAAAGAGAGUAUAGAUGAGUCUGAAAAUGAACCGGUCCAUCGAUCAGAUUUAACAGAUCUGCACGUGUGAAGAGUCUGUUUACUGUCCUGUAGAGAAACAGACCCGCAGUAUCAGCCCGACUCCAACAUGAUUAACGCCGUCAUGGUUCUGCUCGACCCGCUCAGAGCUCUCUGUCGGGACAGAUUAUGGUUUCGGUUCUCCUCGGACCAAAUCAGACUUUUUUUCCAUUUUUCACCAAACCCACUAUCCGUCCAUGAAGUCAACCGAACCUGACCAAACACGGACCCGAAGGUCAGGACCCGUGGUUUUUCUGUGACCAGCCCGACCACCUCCAGAUGUGCGGAGAGAAACCGAGCGGAUGAUUUCAGAUUUUUAAACUCAGAUUGUUACUCGAGUUUACUGAUUACACUUUGACCCUUUUUGUUUCUGUUUUCAUGUCCUAAUAAAGUGAUUUUUUUAAGUCUAAAAUGUAUUAAAGUCUUUAUUUUAGAGACAAAGGUCCUGAUAUUCCAGGUGAUGGUCCACGCCGUUUACAUCUUUAACAGUCAGACUCUCAGAUUAAAAUAUGGAGAUCAUUCAGAGCCGAUAACUCAGGGCUCUGCAGUAGGAUGUCACAGCUGCAGGAUUUCUGGGUAAUGUAGUCCUUAAAGCUGCAGCGAUCUGGGCCUUAACACUCUGCUGUGCUGGACCGUAAACAUCUUUGUGAUUCUGGUCUUCUUGUCUUUGCAGAGCAUCAUUAGUCCGGUUCAUCUGAGCUUCAGCUGGAGAUCUGACAGAGCGGAGAUGUUGUCGGAGGGCCGGACGAGGUUCCUGCUUCUGUGAGUCAGAUCUUUUCAUUCUCCUCCUGCGUCCUGAGAGGAUGUAAACUCAUAUACAGUGGCAGAUAUUAAGAGCACGCCGAUAUGCAAAUGUCUGUCGAGAUUAGAGCUACAACAAUUAUUCAAAUGUUUGAUUAAUUAUUCAUCCGAGACGGCGUCAAUUAUUCAUUUCAGCGAGCGAUAAGUCAUCUUCCUUUUUUUUUCUUUUUCCUUAUCAGAGUCAAAAGUUUUCUUUGGGGAUCAAUCAGAAUCCCAAUCAAAAGCGUUUUAUUUGUGGAGUACAGUAAAUGAGCGGGAUUUGUUUUGGUGGCGUGGGCUCGAAAACUCCGAAAAGACUCAACCCAAUACCGUCGAGAUCGGACCUUCACCUCCAGCUCGGCGUUCCCACUCUCACCUCACGGCUGAAAAACUCCAACAUGACGACUUACUCGGUUUUAUUUCAGCCUUUAGUCGGAGGAGAAGAUGAGGAGCUUCACUUUCACGGCAACAAUCGAUACGAAUGAGAAGGAGAGAAACAGGAAGGAGAGGUUGUUUCUUCUCUGCGUCCUGGUCCUAAACGUUGAAUAAUUCGAUCAAGUUAAAACAUUUAAUCUGAUCUGAAAGUCCAGCGUGGAAACUGUCACGUUUGUUUAUCAGAAACAGAGUCAAACUUCUAAAUGACUUUUGUCGCUCCUCGCCGCCCUAAUCAGAAAAAGUUUCUCUCUUAUUUCCAAACUUGUUGUGUUUUUAAAGCCACAAAGCGUCUGACCUCUUUCUGCAGGAACAGAGAGAAGAGAAGAAGAAGAAGAAGAAGAAGAAAAAGGAGCAGCAGCAGCAGCCCAACACAUGA